AUGGCUACUCGAGUUGAUACCAGAGGACAUACCCAUUUAGCUACUGAUAAAACCUUUCAUAAUCUCACCAGGGUGGCUUCAAAAAAAAUUUCUACUCUUCGUCAUCGUAUUUCCUCUCGCAAACCCACUGUUAAUUCGUUAACUACCGAUUUUGAAUUUAUAACUCCUUCUAAUGAUAAACUACAAAAUACAAACUCCAAUCUAGUUCAACAUGAUGAUUUGUACUUUGCUGAGCAGAGGACUUAUGAUGACCUAGAAUCGACAAGAAUAAGUAAAGAAAUCUUAUCAAGAGAAAAUGAUGAAAUUGAUGCUUUUACUCAAGAAUUGCAUCCUCAAUUGACUAUUUUAUCAACCAACGAAUUUGAACAAAACUCAACCAAUGAACAACCUCUCAAACGAAAUACUUCUUUAGGAAAAGUCAAGAAUGCCGUAAAACGAUUUGCUUCUAUUAAUAAACAUGAAAGAAAGAGGGAUUCCGAAGCAUACCAUCAGGAUGGUAAAACAAAUCCUUUCGAAUAA